CGUGGGGUUUUACGACCGUUCUUAGGAAGUAAAAAUAUAGUGUUAAGUUUUCAUUGAAAAUACCUUACCUUACUUUCAUAGUGUAUCGCUUGUUGUCUGACUGCUUACUUUGCUGAAACGAGGCCAUUUUAGCGUGUGAUCUAUUUGGCCUGGGUUACAAAAACAAUGUUCUCUUUUCACCAAAGUAUAUGUAAGCAGUAAGACAACAAACGUUGCACUUUGGAAAUAGAGAGAGGUAUCUUUAUUGAGAACCUUCAGUUAUUUUAAUUUCUAAGAGCGGUCGUAAAUAUUCCCAAACAAUGCAAACUCUUCUUUUUGAUUCAUAGCAUAGCUGGAGCUUGGGUAACCUGUGAAGAAAAUCAUGUUUCAACGCACGAAACAACCAAGAUGAGAGACCCUGGGGACGAGGGCCGGAUAAGUUACUGGGCAAUAAUACCCAUGCGCUAUGCAAGCUCAUGCACACUAUUAAUUAUCACCAUUAUCACUGAUACGCAAUAUAGUUAGGGGAAGUAAACCGCCAGAAAGUAAAACUCGCCUAAAUAGCUCUAAACCGCCUCCAGGAACACAAAGACAUCGGAGAGACAUCAAAAUAACGCAAAACAAACGUGAGGUAUGCUACUUUUAUUUAAAUUAUUUUAUACACGUAGCAUUUCCAACAAUUAUGUUCGAAGCAUCCUCAUAUACAUUUUCUUAUAAACGGUUAAGAUUGUAACGCAAUCGUCAAUAGCCUAAUUAAUCGCUGAUACGUGGUUAUUUUAAAUACCGAGGUGGGUAUACUAUUUUUAAUGGCAUAAAUCUCUAUAUUUUCUCUUUAUUUUGGUACAUAUACUUCUAGCUAGGUUUUUUUUAUGAUAGAAAUUAUAUAGUGCGCCAACCCCCAUCUCCGCCCCCUUAUCUUCCCAUCUCACCAUUGACCCUAAGGUUUCCGGUUUGCCUCUUUUUCAGAACGAGUCCACGUGCAGACGUUUCAUGUGAAAAUGACUGAGCUGAGUUUGAUUUGCAUGAAAAAAGAAACUACAAGCAGAAAGGCGGUUCCACGAUGGAGGUUGGAUACUUGGAGGCUUUCAGCAAAAUAUGGAAUCACGCUUGGAUUGAAUGGAACGAAAGAGGUCCAACAAAAACAUUUCUGACGGAUUUCAUUCACGAGGUUUCCAGCUAUGGCUUUAUAUCGACCAAGGACGUUCUCAUUUGCCUUGUUCUCGGGGUCGCUUUCACCAUAUUGCGUUAUUUUUUGACGGCAGUGUUCUUCAAGCCUUUCUUCAGUUGGUGUCAACUCCUUGAGAAAGAUCAGAAGAAGUGUCCAGAAAGUGCCUUCAAGUUUUUGUUUUACUCUUCAGCAUAUGGCUACUGUUCCUACAUGCUAUUUAAUGGCAAAUAUAACUUUUUCCAAGACACAAGUAACUGCUGGAAAGGAUGGUACAAAGGAAUGCCUGUUCCUCAAGACAUAUAUAUGCUUUAUAUGGUGGAAGCAGGCUUUUAUUUUCAUUCCAUUUAUGCCUCGCUGUUUAUGGACCAGUGGCGGAGGGAUUCCAUCCUUAUGAUAAUGCAUCACAUUCUAGCUAAUUCACUUAUUCUCUACUCAUUUGCAAUCAGAUAUUAUAAAAUUGGUGUUAUAGUGUUGUUUCUUCAUGAUAUCAAUGAUGUGAUACUGGAAUUUACCAAGCUGUGUGUGGCUUUCAAGUCCCGUGGUGGAAAAUAUCACCUCAUACCGGACAUCACCAGUAUUGCAGGAUUUUUGACUUUUGCAUCACUGUGGUUUUAUUGUCGUCUGUACGUCUAUCCAGUUAAAGUACUUUACUCCUGCGGCUACAUCAGUAAGCAGCUCCUUCCUACAGCUCCAUUCUACUUCUUCUUCAAUGGAAUGCUUUGGAUGUUGUUUUUUAUGAACAUAUGGUGGUUUCAGUUCAUUGUAUGGCUCAUAAUCCGUAUAAUUAUUGGAAAAAGCCGUGGUGUAGAAGAUACUCGAGAGAUUCCGAAAGAGUCAAAGAAGAAAGGAAUACCUGAUCAAGAAGCAAAUGGCAAAGUUUUAGAAAAUGGAGAGCUAUCAGCUACAAAUCAUGCCAUGCAAAGGAAUUAUAGCAAAGAGGAUAGCAAGAGAAAGCUAGAAAACGGUGCACAGAAAGAUGGGAAAGAACAAUCUCGUCGUCGACAGCCACGUACCAAGCCAGCCAACCCAUAGAAUGGAGCAUACUCAAAAAAUAAUAAGUACAUACAUGUAGGUGUUAUAUUCAUCAUUUAUAAGUGGGUCAUAUGCUCUUCAUUUUAACUUGAAAGACUCCAGAAACUGUCUACCGAGACAAAUGUACAUUGCUUGCUUAAACUUGUCCACACUCGUGGAUAAUGUGUAGUAAGUUUAGGUACUUCAAACGCAGGCAUGCAAAGCGGUGAGUAGUGAAUUUUGCUAAUACUAUCACAUUUUCUCGUGUAAAUGUCAGGCCUUGUAUGAAUAUCAAGUUUUUUGGAAAAAAAAGCCGGGUCCGCAAGGUUGAGAUGUAAAUGAACGCCCCAGGUGUUAAUUCAAGGCUGGUAACGUUGUCUGGUCCGCGUCCUGCGUUCAUUUUUCAAAACCCAACGAUAUGGAACUAGAACUCUCAUCGAUCAAUAGGUAUACUAGGCUCAUGAACUGGCCUAGUUAGUUCGAUAUAGUUUGCACACUCCACACCCUAUGAACAAACUUUGCUGUAUGACAACCAAGGAGAGCUUUGUCCGGCAUUCUGCCUACACUUACGUUAAAUCAACGAGAAAAUGUGGUAGUAUUUGUAACUGUGAAUCUUUUUUAAAGUCACAAGUUCUUCAUUAGAAGUUGUUUUUAUAACAUUGUCUAGCCUAGAGCAUAAACAGGCAAGUUAAGUUUUCAUGGGGAGGGUCUGUACUGUUUCCUCCAGGGCAGUUUAACUGCAUAGCCCAGCCAGGUCAGAACAAUGCCCCUAUCCAUGAAAAAAAUAGAGGUAAUGUUUAUAAUGUACGGUUGAAAAUAGAGGUUGCUUCUUGUGAAGGCUCAGUAUAAUUGUAUUUGGUUCACCUAGGUUUCUAUUUAAAAAGAAAUAUUCUCUUUUCCUGGUUGGGAUAUCCAUAAACGCCCGCAUUUCAAAUGUCUCAUGUGGUUUUCCUACUUUACUUCUUUAAAAAAAAUGUUUGAAAAGUGUUUUUCAAAAUCUGUGUUAUUUUUCAUAUUGAACGGUUAAUUCGUUGUUGCAGUGAAUCAAUUUAAAUACGUCCUUUGCCAACCUAGCAGUCAUUUUUACAAUUAUUCAAUUCAAAUUUAAUUCAGGCUCCUCUGACUUUGCCAUCUCUGAGAACAAGGAUGCAAAGCUGUGAAUUUUAACAAAUUAUGCUUUUCGUAACCUUUUCGUAACCUUUUUCGUUGGUUUUCAGCGAUACCGGUUGAUUUCACAUACAGACGUUUUCAAUUGAUGAAAGUGAAAAUGUUGACCAUAACAUGCCGAUAAUAAGGCUUUAGUUCGAAAAACUUUUCUUCCGGAGUAAAUACUGCCAUUGUUGCGAAAUACAAAACAACUUUUUUACCAUUAUCCAAUGAAUAUCUUGGCUUUCACUUUUGACUCUAUCAUGUCAUUGUCGGGUUACUGCCCCUUUCAAUAACAUGCGGACUCUAAAAUUCAACGCUCAACCGACAAAUGCGUUUUUCGCUUCCGUCAAUAAAAUGU